AUAGGACCUAUUUAUGAAACUCUUUAGCCAGCAGUACAUUCGCUCUGGUGAGCUGGGCUGCCUUGUGUGCGAUCUGACCCCCAGGAUUUUAUUGGAUGCCAUCUCGGAGGGGGAGAGGCGCGCAAGUGGAGAGGGCUGGAUUUCCUUGAAAGGAUCUGUGGCGGACGAGGGAAACACAGGACCCACCACAUUAGAGGUUGCAAAUACUGACCACAACAGAUUAAAUCCAUGACACUGAAAAGCUCAAAUGAUGGACAAGAAAAAUGCAAAUGGCAUUACCUCAAAAGCCACUGAGAGUGGAGGUCAGGUCAGGAAGCAGCUGCCAUACUCUGUGGAGACUCCCUAUGGAUUCCACCUGGACCUGGACUUUCUUAAAUAUGUUGAUGACAUCGAGAAGGGUAACACCAUCAAGAGGGUUCACAUCCAGCGGAGAAACAGGGGCCCUAAAUUCAGCACACUGCCUCGUAACUUCAGCCUCCCUGGCCAUGCCGCCAGGGCCCCCCCCAAGGACAGCUGGGCAUCCACAUGUACCCUUGGCCCCAGACCCAAGUCACGUGUCAUGGAGGUCCAGCAGAUCUUUGAGAUUCGUGCCUGUGACAGUGGGUCUUCCGGUUACCCCAGGGCGCCUGGGGUUGGCUACAAACCCCCAAAAGCUGGGGAAGAUGCUGGCAUCAGGGCUUUUGAUGAGCAGCCUCUGGGCCUUCACGUCAGGCCGCACCUGCUGAGAGCAUCCAGCAUGCCAGUCACAGUAAUGCAGAGAAAGAGCUCUGAUUCUGCGGAGGAUCAAGGGGCCCAAGCCGCUGGGGACGCCUGCAAGGAGAAUGGAGCCUCUGAAAAUGUCUUCUGCUCCUCAGAUGUGGACAGGAGGUGCAGCACCCCUCAGGAUCAGGUGCGGCUGCACCAGCAGUUUGUCAUGGCUCUGCAGAGAAUCCGCGAGCUGGAGGACCAGGUUCGAACUAUCCCAGAGCUGCAAGCCCAGAUCUGCACACUGCAAGAGGAGAAAGAGCAGCUCCUUCUAAAGCUUACUUCCCAGCCUCCCCCCAUCACGCAAGAUGGUGUGCAGCCUGCAGAGGUAUCCACGACUGGAAAUGCAAGUACAGAUCAGCAACUGGUGCCUUCACCCGUUCAUGAGACUGACCAACAGAGUAUCACACAGCAGCAGGAAACAGAAGAGCAAGAAGAAACAGGCAAAGUCACAGAACAGCAAUUAGUGGCACAAGAGGAAGGGGCAGAGAGUUCUGUAGCACAGGAACCAAUGGAGCACGAACCAAGAGAGAGUCCACCUGCACAGGAAUCAAUAGAACAAGAACAAGAAGAAACAACUUCAGCACAGGAAACAGUGAAGCAGGAGGAAGCAGAAGAGAGUCUGUCAACACAGGAAACAGUGAAGCAGGAAGAAGCAGAAGAGAGUCCGUCAACACAGGAAACAGUGAAGAAAGAGGAAGUAGAAGAGAGUCCUUCAGCACAGGAAACAGUGAAGAAAGAGGAAGUAGAAGAGAGUCCGUCAACACAGGAAACAGUGAAGAAAGAGGAAGUAGAAGAGAGUCCUUCAGCACAGGAAACAGUGAAGAAAGAGGAAGUAGAAGAGAGUCCUUCAGCACAGGAAACAGUGAAGAAAGAGGAAGUAGAAGAGAGUCCUUCAGCACAGGAAAUAGUGAAGAAAGAGGAAGUAGAAGAGAGUCCUUCAGCACAGGAAACAGUGAAGAAAGAGGAAGUAGAAGAGAGUCCUUCAGCACAGGAAACAGGGAAGCAAGAGGAGGUAGAAGAGAGUCCUUCCGUACAGGAAACAGUGAAGAAAGAGGAAGAAGAAGAGAGUCCUUCAGCACAGGAAACAGUGAAGAAAGUGGAAGUAGAAGAGAGUUCUUCAGCACAGGAAACAGGGAAGCAAGAGGAGGUAGAAGAGAGUCCUUCAGCACAGGAAACAGUGAAGCAAGAGGAGGUAGAAGAGAGUCCUUCAGCACAGGAGUGUGUAGAACAAGAAGCAACAGGCAGUUCUACAGCACGGGAAUCUGUGGAACAAGAAACAGAAGCAGAAACUCCUUCGGCACAGGAGUUAGUAAAACAAGAGGCAGAAGCAGCGGAUCCUUCCGUAGAGGAAUCAGUGACGCAAAAUGAUGCAGCAGAAAGUUCAGCACUGGAAACAGUGAAACAAGAUGAAGAAGCUGAAAGUUCAGAAAAGGAAUCAUUAAAGGAAGUGAAGCAAGAUGAAGUAACAGAGGGUGUUUCAGCACAGGGAUCAGCAAAGGAAGAUGAAGCAGCAGAGGGCCCUUCAGCACAGGAACCAGCAGAACAAGAAGCAGCAGAAAAGCCUACAGCAGAAUUGCAAGAGGAAGCAGCAGAGUGUUCCCUGCAACAGGCAUCAACCCAAAAAGAAGAUGCAGCAACGAGUGAUUCAGUUCAGGAGGUAAAUGUGAAGCCCUCAUCCCAGCAGAUGAGCAGUCCCUCAGAGAACCUCACUGUCAAAGCACUGCAGGAAAAGCUCAUGGCUCUCGAGCAGAAGUUCAGUGAAACCAGCAAAGAGCUGGACAAGACUAAUGCUCUACUGCAGGAGCAAAUGGAGGAGAAUAAGUUGAAGGAUGAGAGAAUAAAGCAGCUAACAGAAGAAGCAGUGGUCAGUGGAAAGGCAGGUGAAGAACAGGUAGGCCAGGAACUUGGUGAUUUAGGAGACAAAAAGCAAUACUCUAAUCCUACACCACCCUGUCAUGUGUCUAUGAGCGCAGAGACAUAUUCAGAAACUAAAACUCUCUCCCACAUAGAAGUAGUUUCUACUCAUCAGGAAGUGCUAAUGGCUGAUUCAGUGCACAUAAUUGGCAACCCACAGAAAUGUUUUACCAGUUCAAGUACUCAGACUGACCUCAUAGAAUAUCAGGAGGUGUCAGUUGGUAUGGUUGAGAAAUACACGGAAGCUGAAUUUGCUACGGGUGUCCAAGCUGAGGAGAGUGCUCCUCAGGAAGCACCCUGCAGCGAUGACCAGGAGGGAACAGCAGAGGAAUCAGAAGCAUCAGUGCAACCCGAGAGCUCACAGGGUGCCACUUCAGACAGCGUGGAGGAGGCAGGCUCUUCAGAGGAGCUCGGGCAGCCCUCUCAGAAAGACCCAGAGCAAGAGCCUCAUCCGUCUGGGUCAAGCGAGCCCAUGGCCUCACACGCAGCCAUCGGUCAGUAUGUGACGAAAAUCCAGGGCCUCCUGAAUGAACAGUGGUCCUCUCUGGGAAGCGGGCACCCGGAGGUCACCAGCACGCUGAAGCAGCCGGCCUCCAAGUUCAGCUCCAUCCAGUCUCAGCUGGUCAGCUCUCUCAAUGUUCUAUCCUCCUUCUACUCGUCGCCGGGGCAGAAAGGAGGGGCCACUCGACAAACAGGUCUCAAAUCCAUAAUGAAGAAAAACGACUGUGCAGAGAAAGCAGGAAAUGGGGGAGCCAAGAAGAACCUCAAGUUUGUCGGCGUGAACGGGGGAUACGAGACGACGUCCAGCGAGGAGUCCAGCGGGGAGGACAAUGCCGAGGAGAACAGUUCGGAGCCCGAGGAGAAGGAGCAGAAGGAGGAGAAGGACGACAAGGAGGAGGGAGCCAGCACCGCUGUAGAGGAGCCAGCGGCUGAGGGGGCUGCGGCAGCGGGGCCCGAGGGUGACGGUGACCAAACAGCCCAAGACACCAGCGCUGGUCUCCUGGAGGAGCAGCCAGGCAGGGAAACCAUACCUGAGGACUUCAUGGCAGCAUGUCAUUACAUUAAAGACCGCCUACCAGAGGUGGCAACCCCUGACAAAGAAUUGAGAGAGGCCCUGACGGUGCUGUACCAGGAGUGGUUCCGCGUGUCCAGCCAGAAGGAGUCGCUGGUGGACACGGUGACCCUGUACCUGAAGGAGGUGGGGGCCGCCACGCCCACACUCCUCCGCUUCAUCGUCAACCUGGCCGACGGCAACGGCAACACCGCGCUGCACUACAGCGUGUCCCACUCCAACUUCCCCAUCGUCAAGCUGCUCCUGGACACAGGGCUGUGUGAGGUGGACCACCAGAACAAGGCCGGCUACACAGCCAUCAUGCUGGCCUCGCUGACCGCUGCCGAAUCCCCGGAGGACAUGGAGGUGGCACUGCAGCUGCUGAAAGGGGGGAAUGUCAACGCCCGGGCCACUCAGGCGGGGCAGACAGCGCUCAUGUUGGCGGCGAGCCACGGGCGCACGGCCAUGGUGCGUUUGCUGCUGUCGUGCGACGCCGACCUGAGCGUGCAGGACCACGACGGCUCCACGGCCCUGAUGUGCGCGUGCGAGCACGGCCAUGCCGAGAUUGUGCGUCUGCUGCUGGAGAGGCCCGACUGCGACCUGAGCCUCACCGACAGGGAGGGCCACGACGCUCUGAUGGUGGCUAUGCAGGCAUCCCACUCGGAGAUAGUUGACCUUCUGAAGGCCCAAACAAGUGAAGGGGCCUCCGACACCCCCAAGCCCCUAUGAGCCAACAGCCCCCUCUCUGUUCUCCUGGACCACAAAGCCUCCAUUCAACAGGCAACCACUCCGGCUAGCCACCGAAGCAGCCAUUUGCGAUCUCAAUAAAAAAAAGAGAGAGAGAAAUAUUUCAAACAUCCACGGACAUCAAGGUGUGUGUUUAGCAUUCGGGUGGCGUCCAAUGAGAAGACGACUUUUGUGUGCCAAUCAAAGAUAGGCAGAGGAGCCUUCCUAACCAAGCGAGACUGGUCACGCCCACAAGAGUAACAGGAUCCCUGAUUUCCAACAAGAUGAAUUCAAGGGGUUCCCAAGCACGUUCUCAUUUACCUUCUACCUACUGACUUCAUCCUAAUCAAGUAUAGCCUUAGCAAUAAUUAUUUUCUUUUCUUUUUUAUACCACUCUCUUAAGUUUGCAGGUUUGCUGUUGUUACAUGCGUACAAUCUGGAAGGUGUAUAUCAGAAACUAUAUUUAUUUGUCUUUUUGUAUUGCACUUUGUUUUAUUCGGUUUCUCUAUGCCUAUAUAUUUUCCUCUUGUAAUAUCCACGAGUUUGAUCUGACAAUGGACUCUACUCUUCGCCUUUUGGUCCUAUGAAGGUUGUAGGGCAGACAGUUGAGGAGGCUUGAAGGCUCAGCUCAUGUUCACAGGCCAACAGCGCUUUGACUGAAACAAGUAUUAAAUGCAGACUAAAGAUCUAAAUCUUCAUCUCUGGUUCCUGUUCAAAAACUGAUUCUACUUGGUCAAGCAGGACUGAUUUAACAGUAUUCUCGCAUGCAAAUCUCUGUCCAUGUCGGAUAAAAUGGAGAGCCUGGCCUUGGGCCGGGACAAUUGGAGGUGUUUACAAUACCUUGCCCUUCAGUUCGGGGUUAUUAUCUAUUGCCUUGACUGCAUUUCAAUCGAUAUACAACAUGCACAUGACUUACUGCCUCUCUCUUGUGUGAUAUACUCUCUGU